AUGGCGCAGCUCAUCUUCAAGCCUAAUGAACGCAGAGCAGUUCGACAUAUACGCAGAGGCAUGAUACCAACAAUGCAUAAUGAUAGAGAAGAGCAUCAUGUACAGCACGACAACGCAGUAGAUGUGCGAACGGUUUCCGCCGGCACGUCCAAAGCCAUGUCAGACCCGCAAGAGGUUGAAGACAGUAAUCCUUCAUCAUCUCCAAUGCCUUGUUCGGUCAAUGAGGAGCAUGAUGAUUUGAACGGCCCGCCUCAGUCCCCUCUGUCGCCGAUGCCAAGUCCACCCGCUAAGGAUGGAUAUGCGACAAGGGGUAUGAUGGGAGCAUUGGCAAGCCCGGGAAGUCGACUGCAUCCUCAUGGCACCGUGGGCGCACCAAAAUUCUGCGCGACGUGCGGCUUCAGCACCGACGAACUACUACAGCUCUGCGAGAAAGCCUUGCAGUUUCAUCGGCACGACAAGAUUGCCUGGAAUACGUUAGUUAAUAAUAGCCCUGCGGUAUCUUCGCAGGAGAAGAAUGCGGCCAUGCUUAGGAUUAGUCUCUGGGCGAUCCGCGAUUAUGCAUUGACUAUGAGAAAGCGACUUGAUGGCGGCGCUGCUGAAAGAAGCAUAGAUGGUUUCAAAUUAUUUGAGCCACCGAUCGCGGCUUCAAGUGACAGUUCCCGAGGGACCGCCUGCACUACUCCACGAAGCCAUCUGAACCAAACCUCUGAUGUUGCACGUUACCCUAAAGAGAAUGACAAUUAUUUGGGACACAGCAGGGAUCAAGAAUAUGUAGAUGUGGAAACCCGGGCUCUCGGCUGGGCCCCUUGCAUUCUACGUAUAAUAGUUGUCCACACAGACCUACAUCUACAUGAUCGAGGGGGGUCUCGAACUGGCGAGAACCCGGCACACUCUUGUACCAUCUAG